AGCUUCUUAGCCUGCGUGCUCCAGACCAUUCAGACAUAACUCAGCUAGUACCCUAGUAAAUAAAAGCUACAGUAGACUUGACGCACGAACUUUCGGCGCAGUUGAGGUGUUGUUUUUUUCUGCAGUUCCUGACGGGUCUAGAAAAAAAAAAUAAAAAAUCAACCGACAGAGAAAAGUCCAACCCGCACAGAGAAAACUUCGCAACACAUAAAAAACUUCCGUCGUGCAGAGAAAACUUCCCGCGGUGAACAUGGUCGCAGAACUAACCUGCACGCGAGACACUGGCGCAGCUUCUGCACGCCUACCCUCGCGCGGUCGGCCGGCGUGCGUUUUAUUGUUUUUGGAAAAACUCCGCGCCGAGCGGCAUCCGUGGCUGCUUUGCGGCUUCAAUACGUAGGCGCGGAGUUCCUUCACGCCUUUGAAUGAAGCUAGUCCGUGUGGUGCUGUGGAAGGGUUGGCCGAGGCGGCGCACGUGCAUCCACAGGGCCGCUAGGCUUCGCCGGGGUGUGCAACCACAAAAGCGCGCGGCGGCGCCUUCAGGCUAUUGGGGGCGCGCGACGUGCAGGCGUGUGGCAGCAAGCGCGCAGGCCCGCGCGUGCGCAAAUUCCUGGCGGGCUGCGUGUGUCCUGCGUGCAGGGCCGGGACAUCGCCGCUAUUGGCCGAAAAAAUUAGUCCGCGCGCUUCGCGCGCGGUUUCGGCGGGUAACUUUUUCUGCUGGGGCCCGCCCUCCGUCCGCCGGGCCGGCCUACCCGCCCCGCCUUGGCUUUUCUUGCCGAUAGAAAAAUCAAACACGAAAAAGCCCCCCGGAUUCCCAUUUGGGGCGCUUCUCGUUCUCGUCUGGGUUGCAAAAGUUUUUUUAGGUUCGCGCGCUUUUUGUUGCUACGGCCCCGCCCGGGAAGUGGCGGACGGCAAAAACUGUCUGGGAACCGGAUUCGGAGCCGGAAGCCGAGAAAAAACUCCGCGCGCGCUGCGCGCGCGAGUUAAUAUGGUUUCUGGUUGCUUAGGGGUAGGGCAGGCCCGUUUGUGCUAGGGCGGAGCUUUUCAAGAAUGCCGGGCCCGGUACAGUGUUUCUCCUUCGAGCUCCUGUUGGGUUUUGCAAUUUUGCCGGCGCGCGCCGCGCGCCUGUCUAAUCCUUUCCAGGAUUAGAAGCAAUUUGCGUUGUCGCGCAUGUCCCAUGUCCAUGCGCGCUCCCACCCACGCCCUUCAAAGGAAGCAAAAGCGGCUGCCUGUGUCGCCGUAGGCCAUGCGAAAUAAUUCUUCGCGCGCGCUGCGCGCGCGAUGCGGGUACCCUAAUGCCGGCCGAGGCAUUUCUACCUGGAUUCCGGGCGAGGAUGCCGGCUCGGGCCUUUCUGCCUACCUUGAUUCUCUCUCAGUAGAAAUGCUGGGCCUUGCAUUUCUGCCUUGAUUCCCAGUAGAAAUGCCGGCUGAGGUGGUAUUUCUGCCUGGAUUCCCUGUAGGAAUGCCAGACCUCCUGGUAUUUCUGCUUCGAUUUCCUGUAGGAAUGCCAGGCCUGCUGGCAUUUCUACUUAAAUUUCCUGUAGGGAUCUUCGAUCUCUGGCACGAAUGCCAUGGCGCUUGCGCUUCUAGCUUGAUUUCCAGUAGAAUUGCCAGCCCUCCUGGCGUUUCUACCUACCUGGACUUUCGGUAGGAAUGCCAGGGGGGGGCCUCCUGGCAUUUUUUCUACCUGGAUUUCCGCCAGGCUGGCACUUCUUCUUGGAUUUUCGGUAGGAAUUCCAGACCUCCUGGCGUUUCUACUCUGAUUUCCAGUAGAAAUGCCGGCCCUCGGCAAAGGUCGACUUUUCUCUGUGGGAGGGAAGUUUUCUCUGUAUCACAGAGAAAACUCCUCUCGCCACAGAGAAAACUCAGAGGCCGCGACAGGUAUUUCUGUGCAGAAAUGGCAGUUUGUGAUGCGCAAGCAGCCAUUUCUGUUUGUUUUUAUAUGUGUAUCCUUUAUGUUUUUGCUUAUGUUUGUUUUUGUUUCUUCUCAUUCUGUUUAUGUUUCUGUUUCUUGUUUACACUUUUCUCUGUUUUGCUUUCAACUUUCUCUGUGAUAUCUUUUGAUAUCAUUUGAUAUCAAUUGAUAUCAACAGAGAAAACUUAAUAUUUUAUCUUUCGAGACCCCCUGACAGGGUCAGUUGUCCUCAUCAUAUUCAUUUUGUUUCUGUUACAUGAAGUAGAAGCUAAGCUUAUCGAACUUCAACUUUUUGACAGCCACAGCUGCAUACGAUUUUUACAUUCACAAGUAUGACCGAUCUUCGUGCAGCAUCUGCUGUUCUUCGCUGCACGCGCAAGACGUGGGCGGUCGUGACAAGGAUUUUUGCACUGACAAAUUUGGCCUGGCAUUGUGGCACCGCAGCAGCGCAGCGCGGCAACUUGCGAUCCACGUUUUUGAAGCGACGACGUGAGCAGGUAUUAGCAGAUAAUCCUGUAACUGUAGUACAGCGACCACGUCAAGGCCAGGGCGCAAGUAGCCUCAGUGCCUCCACUUCGUCUUCGUCUUUCUUGCGGAAUAAAGACAGGUGGGACCGGAAUCGCGUAGAUUCGUCUACGAAAAAUGAAGAUCAAAAGCGUCAUUCCUUUCUCCAAGCCGGACCUCCACGAGAGCAGGACCACGAUGAAGACCCGUCUUCCUCUGAUGAGGAUGGAGAUCAUGGCGCUGUUCUUCCCACGACCGUCGAGAAGAACCACCAUCACGGGCAGAGGCAUUACUCAUACUCUCGGCGGGACGUCGAAGAUUCAUCCGACCCGCAGGUAGAAGAAGAGACCACCCAGCGGGACAUCAAAACUGCCACGUCUUCACUUUUGCACAAAAAGAACGCUGCGAGGAUGAAAAGGAAAACGACAGAGCACGAGCAUGCUGAACUACAUCAAUCGAAAGAGCAAAUCAGAAUAAACUCGAAUAAAUCCCCCUACUCCGCCUACGGUGUCGUCGACCGUUUGAUGAAUGACAAGUGCCCCCAGGCGUUUCUCACGAAAAUCGACGGCGUUGGCUUCCAGUUCGCGGAAGACGGGGAUGCUGCUUCCUACACCGAUCUUGGAGAAGGCACCACCGACUCGAAGGAUUUAACUUGUUGGUCCAAAACCUUUUCCCAGACCAGCGACGUGAGCGCUACCGAAUUCGGCAGAACCUUCGGUAACCGGGAGUGCAUGCAAAUCUGCUCCGAGUACGCGAAUUGUGAGAUGUGGACGUAUUACGAACCAGGAGCAGAGGCGGAAAAUGCGAUUUGCCGCAUCGGUGGUGGGUUCUCCCCAAGGUGGAACAGCAAACAGGUGCUGAACCCACCGCCCUGUCCCUGGGUAAGACACGAAACUUCGAACCACGAAGAUGAAAAAACGCUGUGGCCAAAAGUCAUGGCGGGUCUGUGCCAUCCCUGGUUUACCUGCGGGUUUCUGUUUCAUGAACAUAACGAAGUGUUUCUUCCGAAGCACGAAUGUGACCGCGGGAGCAGUUGGGAAAACUGUAGGGAGAAAUGUUGCAAAUCUACGACGGAUCCAGAUUUUGAAUUUGACCGACCUCUACCCCAUAUUCACGACUUUUCGUUGAAGACGAAAACGCAACGCACCCGGGUUUUGUUCGUGGGGAACUCCGUCACCUUCGGGAAACUAGACAAGAACAAAAAAGAAACAGACCGGAAGGCCUUGGCGAAGUACGUGAAGUAUUUGGCGUGGAGUUUAGCGACGCCAGAACGCCUCGACGUGGACGAAGACACUUCGGGCGGCACGUCCGUUCACAUGCGCGCGCAUACUUGUUAUUUGGAGGCGAAGUUCGGAAGGUCGGAGCACCCGACAAACCGGAGGAGGCGGCGGGAGGCAGCGGGGAACGGCAGCCGGCGGCGAAGCCCGGAAUUACUCGAAUUCAAAAAAUGCGAAUUUGGCCCGAACGAGUUGGUCGAGGAUAGCUGCACGCGAUCGCAGGCGCUCGGCUGCCCGCAGAAGGGACUGGGAGUGGACGGGAGUUUGAAGGAUUGGGGUUUGGCGAAUGAUCUGCAGUUUCCGAGGGAAGAGUACGUCAAUAAACGGUACGAUAUCAUCAGCUUGCAGGACGAAACCAGAACGGUCGGGUAUACGGCGCACGGAGAGCAUUUUUUCCAGUCUUCCGUGGAAUUCUACCAACGGCAGUACCCCGAUGCAAUCAUCGUUGCCCACAUGGUGCACGCGCACCGCCCGGUAUCCUGUGCAAAAGUAUCGUACUCGUAUUGCAAUCAUGCAUUACAGAUUUUUUUCUCAAGGUAA